GGAAAUGAGCACUAUGACAGAUUGGUGAAAAUAUCCAGCUAUCACGUCUGAGUCCUGUGGCAGGAGCCAACAGCACUGGUCUGAAGAGGACCCAGAAAGUGAACUCAGAGUGACCACAUCUGGUAGAAGAGGAGAAGAUGUAGUUACUGAGUCCAGUCCAGUCUUUGUGUCUCUCACAUUGUCAACAAAGGAAAGGCUCCAGCUGGCCCCGCAGACAUAUGGAGAUUCUAGGAGCCACGUAAAGAUGGAGAAAUGGAGGCACAGAGAAAUUAAGUGACUUGGCCACAGUUACAAGCUGGGGAGGACCAGGGAAAGCCUAGAGAGAGCUGGCUCUGGGCCUGCAUCCUGCCCACGGAGUCACCCUGCCUCCGUCCUCAGGAGAGAAGGCUUUCUACAAGAUGGACGUGGACGCUGAGGAGAAACGCCAUCGCACACGGUCCAAAGGGGUUCGAGUUCCUGUGGAGCCUGCCAUACAAGAGCUGUUCAGCUGUCCCACUCCAGGCUGCGAUGGCAGUGGUCACGUCAGUGGCAAAUAUGCACGACACAGAAGUGUAUAUGGUUGUCCCUUGGCUAAAAAAAGGAAAACGCAAGAUAAACAGCCCCAAGAACCUGCUCCCAAGCGAAAGCCAUUUGCAGUGAAAGCAGAUAGUUCCUCAGUAGAUGAAUGUUUUGACAGUGAUGGUACUGAAGACAUGGACGAUAAGGAGGAAGAUGAUGAGGAGGAGUUCUCUGAGGACAAUGAUGAGCAAGGGGAUGAGGAUGAUGAUGAGGAGGAGGUGGAUCGGGAAGAUGAGGAGGAGAUUGAGGAAGAAGAAGAAGAUGAUGAUGAUGAUGAUGAAGAUGAUGGGGAUGAUGUAGAAGAGGAAGAAGAGGAAGAUGAGGAAGAAGAAGAGGAGGAAGAGGAAGAAGAAAAUGAAGACCAUCAAAUGAGUUGUACGCGAAUAAUGCAGGACCCAGAAAAGGAUGAUAACAACAAUGAUGAGUAUGAUAACUAUGAUGAACUGGUAGCCAAGUCACUAUUAAAUCUUGGCAAAAUUGCUGAGGAUGCAGCAUACCGAGCCAGGACUGAGUCAGAAAUGAACAGCAAUACCUCCAAUAGCUUGGAGGAUGAUAGUGACAAAAAUGAAAACCUCGGUCGAAAAGGCGAACUAAGUCUAGAUUUAGACAGUGAUGUUGUUAGAGAAACAGUGGACUCCCUUAAGCUAUUGGCACAAGGACAUGGUGUUGUGCUAUCAGAGAACAUCAGUGACAGAAGUUAUGCUGAGGGAAUGUCACAGCAAGACAGUAGGAAUAUGAACUAUGUCAUGCUAGGGAAGCCCAUGAACAAUGGACUUAUGGAGAAGAUGGUGGAGGAGAGUGAUGAGGAAGUUUGUCUCAGUAGUCUAGAGUGUCUGAGGAACCAGUGCUUUGACCUGGCCAGGAAACUCAGCGAGACCAACCCACAGGACAGGAGUCAGCCACCCAACAUGAGUGUGCGCCAACAUGUCCGGCAAGAGGAUGACUUCCCUGGGAGGACACCAGACAGGAGCUACUCAGAUAUGAUGAACCUUAUGCGGCUGGAGGAGCAGCUAAGCCCCAGGUCUAGAACGUUCUCCAGCUGUGCCAAGGAGGAUGGGUGUCAUGAGAGGGAUGAUGACACCACCUCAGUGAACUCAGACAGGUCUGAGGAGGUAUUUGACAUGACCAAGGGCAACCUGACUCUGCUAGAGAAAGCCAUUGCCUUGGAGACAGAGAGAGCCAAGGCCAUGAGGGAGAAGAUGGCCAUGGAUGCUGGGAGAAGGGAUAACCUGAGAUCCUAUGAGGACCAGUCUCCAAGACAGCUGGCUGGUGAAGACAGAAAAUCCAAAUCCAGUGACAGCCAUGUCAAAAAGCCAUACUAUGGUAAAGAUCCCUCAAGAACAGAAAAGAGAGAGAGCAAGUGUCCAACCCCCGGGUGUGAUGGAACCGGCCACGUAACUGGGCUUUACCCGCAUCACCGCAGUCUGUCUGGAUGCCCGCACAAAGAUAGGGUCCCUCCAGAAAUUCUUGCCAUGCAUGAAAAUGUUCUCAAGUGUCCCACUCCAGGCUGCACAGGGCGAGGGCAUGUGAAUAGCAACAGGAACUCUCACAGAAGCCUCUCUGGAUGCCCUAUAGCUGCUGCAGAAAAACUGGCAAAGGCCCAAGAGAAACACCAGAGCUGUGAUGUGUCCAAGUCCAACCAAGCCUCAGACCGAGUCCUCAGGCCAAUGUGCUUUGUCAAGCAACUUGAGAUUCCUCAGUAUGGCUACAGAAACAAUGUCCCCACAACAACGCCACGCUCCAACCUGGCCAAGGAGCUUGAGAAAUAUUCCAAGACUUCGUUUGAAUACAACAGUUACGACAACCAUACUUAUGGCAAAAGAGCCAUAGCUCCCAAGGUGCAAACCAGGGACAUAUCCCCCAAAGGAUAUGACGAUGCCAAACGGUACUGCAAGAAUGCCAGCCCCAGCAGCAGCACCACCAGCAGCUAUGCACCCAGCAGCAGCAGCAACCUCAGCUGUGGUGGCGGCAGCAGCGCCAGUAGCACGUGUAGCAAGAGCAGCUUUGACUACACACAUGACAUGGAGGCCGCACACAUGGCAGCCACAGCCAUCCUCAACCUGUCCACACGUUGCCGUGAAAUGCCACAGAACCUGUCCACCAAGCCCCAGGACCUGUGCACCGCUCGGAACCCAGACAUGGAAGUAGAUGAGAAUGGCACCCUGGACCUGAGCAUGAACAAGCAGAGGCCUCGAGACAGCUGCUGCCCAGUCCUAACACCCCUGGAGCCCAUGUCCCCCCAGCAGCAGGCAGUGAUGAGCAGCCGAUGCUUCCAGCUGAGUGAGGGAGAUUGCUGGGACUUGCCAGUAGACUACACCAAAAUGAAACCUCGGAGGGUAGAUGAGGAUGACCCCAAAGAGAUAACUCCAGAAGACUUGGACCCAUUCCAGGAGGCCCUGGAAGAAAGAAGGUAUCCAGGAGAGGUGACCAUCCCAAGCCCCAAACCCAAGUACCCACAGUGCAAGGAGAGCAAAAAGGACUUAAUAACUCUGUCUGGCUGCCCCCUGGCGGACAAAAGCAUUCGAAGUAUGCUGGCUACCAGUUCACAAGAGCUCAAGUGUCCCACCCCUGGCUGUGACGGUUCUGGACACAUCACUGGCAAUUAUGCUUCUCAUCGAAGCCUUUCUGGGUGCCCAAGAGCAAAGAAGAGUGGCAUCCGGAUAGCACAGAGCAAAGAGGACAAGGAGGACCAGGAGCCGAUCAGGUGUCCGGUCCCUGGCUGUGAUGGUCAGGGCCACAUCACUGGGAAGUAUGCAUCCCACCGCAGCGCCUCUGGGUGCCCAUUGGCGGCCAAAAGGCAGAAAGAUGGGUACCUCAACGGUUCCCAGUUCUCCUGGAAGUCAGUCAAGACUGAAGGCAUGUCCUGCCCUACACCUGGCUGCGAUGGGUCGGGACACGUCAGCGGCAGCUUUCUAACACACCGCAGCUUGUCAGGAUGUCCAAGAGCCACAUCAGCAAUGAAGAAAGCAAAGCUGUCUGGAGAACAGAUGUUGACUAUUAAGCAGCGAGCCAGCAAUGGUAUAGAAAACGAUGAAGAAAUCAAGCAGUUAGAUGAAGAGAUAAAGGAGCUUAACGAAUCCAAUUCCCAAAUGGAGGCUGACAUGAUCAAACUCAGAACUCAGAUCACCACAAUGGAGAGCAACCUAAAGACGAUUGAAGAGGAGAACAAAGUCAUCGAGCAGCAGAACGAGUCGCUCCUGCAUGAGCUGGCCAACCUGAGCCAGUCCCUGAUCCACAGCCUCGCCAACAUCCAGCUGCCUCACAUGGAUCCAAUCAAUGAACAAAAUUUUGAUGCUUACGUGACUACUUUGACGGAAAUGUAUACAAAUCAAGAUCGUUAUCAGAGUCCAGAAAAUAAAGCCCUACUGGAAAAUAUAAAGCAGGCUGUGAGAGGAAUUCAGGUCUGAACAGCUGCUCUAGUACUGACUCAUGCUUAAAAAGGAUGCCUCUUGUUUCUUGCUGCUGUAACUUACCAGAAAGUGUUAUAUAUUUAUUUCUGUUGGAACAGUGUUAUGCUACAAGACUUCAUAACGGUUUUGUGUGCUCUCGAGAUAGUACCUGCAGACUAGUUUUGGAUACAUUCACAUUUUGUACGUUUUCAUAUAAGCUGACAUAGUGUGAUUUGCCAUGUAAUGUUUAUAGCUGCUGCUGUCUGCACAUUUGGGGGUCUCUAUAUUUCUGAAGAGGUAAGCUGAUCAAAACAGAGUGUAAAUUCUUUUUAAUGCUUUAGUGAUUAAAUGUUUUAGUAUUUUGAACUGAAAUGGACAAAAAGGAAAAAAGAAAAAGGAAAAAAAAAAAGCAGGUUUGAAUGAUCACUUUGUGGCCUCAUGGCCACUUUUAGACACUAUCGUUUUGCCUCAGGUUGGAGGACUUUGUGGAAUUUAAGAAAUACAUUUUGUGUGCAUAUUGUUUCAUAGCAAGAAUUGGUUGCAAAAAAAUGCUUUAUUUUUGAACAAUGCUUGGAAAUAUUAUGUGACUUUUUUGUUUGUUUGUUUUAGGAGGAUGGUGUAUGGUGGGGGCAAUAAAUGAGGUUUUUUGCAUUCCAAGGAAAUGGCAUAUGGAUUAACUAUAAGAAAUGAAAUAAGUAAUUUAUUGUAAGACAACAUCAAGCCAUGGAAACUUGGCAGAAGAUUCAAAGCAGCUUAAACAGCACUUUUAAUUAACUCCUAGACAUUACAUGGUGGGACUGUGGAAACUCCGUUAACACAGGAGCUUGUCAGAGGUGGACAACAUGAAGAUUUCCUUUGCAUUUUCAGUAACCUUUGGAGCACCCUUCUCUUAUUUCUCCUA